AUGUUAUUUGUACGGGUGUGCGCUGAGAAUUUGGAAGGACCAACAGGUUGUACGUUUGAGGAGGACUCGGACCCGGGCCUGUGUGAGUACCGCCAGAGCCAGGAGGACGACUUUGACUGGCAGCUGGUCCACUCCUACAGCUGGCUACAUGCACCCUCCGACCUGCUACGAGGCUCCUAUAUGAUGGUGAACUCCUCCCAGCAUGCACCAGGCCAGCGUGGUCACCUCCUGCUGCGGUCGCUGAGUGAGAACGACACCCACUGCGUCCAGUUCAGCUACUUCCUGUACAGCCGCGACGGCCACAGUCCCGGGACGCUGCGCGUGUACAUUCGUGUCAACGGCGGGCCCCUGGGAAACCCCGUUUGGAACAUCAGCGGAGCGCACGGACGCAAGUGGCACCAGGCGGAGCUGGCCGUCAGCACCUUCUGGCCCAGUGAAUACCAGGUUGUGUUUGAAGCGGAGGUGGCUCCUGAGCGUAAGGGCUACAUCGCGCUGGAUGACAUCGUGCUGCUGAACUAUCCUUGUAACAAGGUGCCUCGGUUCUCCAGGCAGGGAGACGUGGAGGUGAACGCUGGUCAGAACGCCUCCUUCCAGUGUGUUGCUACGGGCCGUGCCAUGGACACAGACCCCUUCUACCUGGAGAGGCGUAACGGUGCCCUGAUGGAGCCGGCGUCGGUGGGUUGGCGUCAGGGCCGCUGGGUGGCGCUGUUCCAGGUGGAGGCGGCCCAGAGGGGCGAGCAGGACCUCUACCGCUGCAUCACGCAGUCACCACGCGGGGCCGCCGUCUCCAACUUUGGGGAGCUCAUCGUUAGAGUGCCCCCCACACCCAUCGCGCCUCCUCAGCUGCUGCGUGCCGGCCCCACCUACCUCAUCAUCCAGCUUAACACCAACUCCAUCGUGGGCGACGGGCCGGUGAUCCGCCGCGAGAUCGAGUACCGUGCCAGCCACUCUCCCUGGACGGAGACGCACAGCGUGGGAUCGCUCACCUACAAGGUCUGGCACCUGGAGCCCGACACGGAGUACCGCAUCAGCGUUCUGCUGACCCGACCCGGGGAGGGGGGAACCGGGCCGCCAGGACCACCUCUCAUCAGCAGGACCAAAUGCGCUGAGCCGAUGCGUGCCCUGAGGGGCCUGACUGCUACGGAUAUCCAGCCUCGCCAGCUGUCUCUGCAGUGGGAGCCUCUAGGAUACAACCUCACACGCUGCCACACCUACACACUCUCCCUCUGCUACAGCAACGCUAAUGGCAACGGUGGUGGCCUGGGAGGGACAAACAGCACGGUGAGCGAGUGUGUGGAGCUGGAGAGGAACACGUCCCACCACACGCUGAGAGAGCUGCCGCCGUUUCGCACCGUCAACGUUCACCUGGUGCUGGCCAAUCCGGAGGGGAGGAAGGACGGCCGAGAGGUCACCUUCCAGACAGAGGAGGACAUUCCUGGAGGUAUUGCCCCUGACUCGUUGAGCUUCACUCCAUUGGACGACCUGAUCUUCCUGAAGUGGGAGGAGCCAGUGGAACCCAAUGGACUCAUCACACAGUAUGAGAUCAGCUACCAGAGCAUCGAGUCGUCCGACCCUAGUGUCAACGUUCCUGGCCCCCGCCGCACAGUGUCCAAGCUGCGUAACGAGACAUACCACAUGUUCUCCGGCCUCCACCCCGGAACCACCUACCUGGUCUCUGUCCGCGCACGCACCUCCAAGGGGUUCGGCCAAACUGCACUCACCGAGAUCACCACCAACAUAUCAGCUCCUGCAUUUGACUAUGAGGAUGCCCCCUCUCCACUCAGUGAAUCAGAGAGCACCAUCACCGUUGUGUUGCGCCCAGCAAUGGGCAGAGGAGCACCCGUCAGUGCAUACCACGUGGUGGUGGUGGAGGAUGACGGCUCGCGUAAGGUGCGCAGGAGGGAGCUGGGGGGCGGCCAGGGGGGCGACUGCUUUCCUCUGGCCCUGUCCCACAGCGAGGCGCAGGCCAGGGGGGCGCCCCACUACUACACGGCCGAGCUGACCCCCGACAGCCUGCCCGAGGCCGCCGAGUUCACCGUGGGAGACAACCACACCUACAACGGCUACUGGAAUUCACCACUCGACCCCUCCAAGAACUACCUCAUCUACUUCCAGGCAGCCAGCAACUUCAAAGGGGAGACUCGCAUCAACUGUGUCCGGAUUGCAAAAAAAGCAGCGUGUAAAGACCAUAAGAGGGCGCUGGAGGUGUCUCAGCACACAGAGGAGAUGGGCCUGAUCCUGGGGGCCUGUGCAGGGGGCCUGGUGGUACUCAUCCUACUACUAGGGGCCAUCGUCAUCAUCAUCAAGAAAGGAAGGGACUUCUACUCCUAUCCCUACUACCCGAGGAAGAAGGUGAACAUGAACAAGGCGGCGAUGGCGUACCGCCAGGACAAGAACAGGAAGUUGGGAUCUCUAGACUGCAGCAUGACGGAGCAGAGCACUCUACAGCAGGACGAACGCACCGCACACUCCUUCAUGGACAUGCAGACAAGUACACGCAAUGAGCAGCGUAGUUCGGUGAACGAGUCGAGCAGCCUGCUGGGUGGAUCUCCUCGCCGCCACUGCCGCCGCAAGAGCUCCCCCUACCACACGGGGCAGCUGCACCCCGCCGUGCGCGUGGCCGACCUGCUGCAGCACAUCAACCAGAUGAAGACGUCAGAGGGAUACGGCUUCAAGCAGGAGUACGAGAGUUUCUUUGAUGGCUGGGAUGUGACGAAGAAGAAAGACAAGACCAAGGGAAGACAUGACACAAUUCUCAGUCACGACCGUCACCGUGUGAAACUGCACUCCCUUCUGGCUGACCCCCACUCUGACUAUGUCAACGCCAACUACAUUGAUAUUCGGAUUAACAGGGAAGGCUACCAGCGCUCAAACCACUACAUUGCAACUCAAGGCCCUAAGCAGGACAUGAUCUAUGACUUCUGGAGGAUGGUGUGGCAGGAGAACUGCUUCAGCAUCGUCAUGAUCACCAAGCUGGUGGAGGUCGGCAGGAUGAAGUGCUAUAAGUACUGGCCUGAUGACAGUGAGCUGUAUGGCGACAUCAAGAUCACACUGCUGAAGACAGAAACCCUCGCGGAGUACACCGUCCGCACCUUCGCCAUGGAGAGGAGAGGCUACCCAGCGAAGCAUGAGGUGUGCCAGUUCCACUUCACGUCGUGGCCGGAGCACGGGGUGCCGCACCACGCCACCGGCCUGCUGGCCUUCCUGCGCAGGGUCAAGGCCUCCACUCCCCCCGACGCCGGCCCAGUGGUGGUCCACUGCAGUAUGGGAGCUGGCCGGACAGGCUGUUACAUCGUGCUGGACGUGAUGCUGGACAUGGCUGAGUGUGAGGGGGUGGUGGACAUCUACAACUGUGUGAAAACACUCUGCUCUCGAAGGAUUAAUAUGAUACAGACAGAGGAGCAGUACGUGUUCAUCCACGAGGCCAUCCUGGAGGCGUGUCUGUGUGGGGAGACGGCCAUCCCCGUCAGCGAGUUUGCCCUGACCUACAAGGACAUGCUGCGGGUGGACACCCAGAGCAACACCUCCCAGCUGAGGGAGGAGUACCAGACUCUGAACUCGGUGACGCCCCACCUGGACGUGGAGGAGUGCAGCGUGUCUCUGCUGCCUGGUAACCGCGAUAAGAACCGCAGCAUGGACGUGCUGCCGCCGGACCGCGCGCUGGCCUUCCUCGUGGGCGACGACGGCAACUUUGGCGUUUGCCCCGGCGACAGCAUCAACAGCGUCACCAACACAAACACCUACAUCAACGCGGCGCUGAUGGACAGCUUCCUGCGUCCCUCGUCCUUCCUGGUGACGCCGCACCCGCUGCCCGGCACCACCACAGACUUCUGGAGACUCGUCUACGACUACGCCGCCACCUCCGUGGUCAUGCUGAACAUGCUCAACCAGUCCAACUCCGCAUGGCCCUGUCUGCAGUACUGGCCCGAGUCUGGCACACAGCACUUUGGACCAAUGACGGUCGAGCUCUUGUCUCGUACAGGUGAUGAAGAUGUCAUCAUCCGUCUGUUCCGCGUCAAGAACGUCACAAGGCUACAGGAGGGGUCCUUGGUGGUGCGUCAUUUCCAGUUCCAGCGCUGGUCACCCUACAGGGACGUGCCGGACUCCAAGAAGGCCUUCCUCAACCUGCUGGCCAUUGUACACAAGUGGCAGAGGGACUGCGGAGAUGGACGUAUGGUGGUGCACUGCCUAAACGGAGGCGGUCGCAGUGGGACGUUCUGUGCCUGCAGUAUCCUGAUGGAGAUGAUCAGCCAUCAAAGCUUAGUGGACGUCUUCUACGCCGCCAAGACACUACGCAACUCCAAGCCCAACAUGGUGGAGACCAUGGAGCAGUACCGCUUCUGCUACGAGCUGGUUCUUGAGUACCUGGAGUGCCUGGAGGUCAGAUAGCAGCCAGAAGGUUCCAGAAGACGACCAGAUGAGAUGAGGCCAAGGAGCCCCACAUCAUAUCACAUCACAUCACCGUGACGAUCCCACAUCACCUAGGCAACCCCACAUCACCAUGGGACCCCCGUCACCUUGGCGACCCCUCAUUACCCGGGGACCUCCAUCUCUGUAGGGGCCUCUACCCCUGCACCUCCUCCUCCUCCUCCGAUCUACCUUCUUCCACUCUCACUUCUUUCUCCACCUCCACCUCCAACUCUCUCCAGUCUUCUUCCAGCUCCUCCUCCUCCACUCUCUCUUCUUCCUCCACCUCCACUCUCCAUUCUUCCUCCACCUCCUCCUCCAAUUUCCCUUCUUCCUCCUCCUCCUCUUGCCCAUGAAAGGGCUCGGUUUCUUCAAUCCCCCUCUUCUUCAAUCUUCCCACUUCGUCUCCUCUUCAUUCUCAUCCUCCUAUUUCUUCUCCUUCUAUUCUUUUCUUUACCUCUAUCGUUUUCUGUAUGAAGGAAUGAGUCUGUUUACCUGGGUGGACAAUAAGGACAGAUGCAAGAUGACCCUCUACUCCUUUACUCCUCUACUCCUCCUCUACUUCUCCUCCUCUACUCCUCCUCUCUUGUCUUUUGUGGACCCACAGCCCACAACUGAGAGCUCACAAGAUGAUGUUUUUUUAUUGUUAUUUUCCCUUUUUAUGCUCGUUACGCUUUUCAUUUUGGCUUUCCCCUCUUAUCCUUCAUUCCUUUCUGUGCUAUGUCCUCUUUUUCCUUAUCCUUGUUUAUAAUUUUAUUUAUUUAUCACUAUUUUUGGCAUUCCUCAACUGUCCAGAGGCUUGCAUCGGGUUUUGUUUGUGUUGUUGCUGUCUGUGUGUCAGGGGUCCGUAUCUCGAAAGCAUCUUUGCUAACGACGGUAGCAACGUCCUUCGGAAGAGCGAAUCAACUCUCUCUCGACAGCGACGCUAACCACUAAAUCUAAUGGAAUGGUGUUACGUCUGGAGACGGUCUUAAGACGGUUAGCAACGACAAGAAUCGAGAAACGGACCUCAGAUCUUUUCGCCGGCCAACACCAUAUAUGGGCGUGGAAAGGCAGUGGUCCCGCCUCCUGUGAUGCUAAGCAGGCGAUGCCCUGGUUUCCGUGACAACUGCCACACACUGCCUUAUCACACAGCAAGGGGACGAUGCUGAUAUCUGACAAACUGACAGCCUAUGGAUUA